AUGUGCUGCUUGCGCAAGGCCGUGCUUCUCACACGUGACCUGCUGGCAGUUCGAGAGCCCGGCAGCUACAACCUGCUGAGGGGUUCUUUGGGAACCUGCUCUGUAAUCACCGCUGCGAUGCCCAACGGAUGUCCCAUGCCGCGAACACAAGCGUGGACCUCCACUGUCACGACAAGAAUUCGUGCUGUUCUUCAUGCGGCUCAGCGGUCCGGGCAUCCCAAUCUUGUCCUCGGCGCUUGGGGUUGCGGAGCUUUUGGAAACCCCCCGCGAGAAGUGGCAGAGCUGUUCGCCCAGCAGCUGGCUUCUCCUGACUUUCGCGGUGCUUUCGAUGCUGUCGUCCUUGCAAUCAUUGACCCGCGGGGUGAUGGAAAUUUGCGUCCCUUUCGAGAGGUGCUGCAGACGCUGGGCGAGCGUUCCGAGAUCAAUAUGUGCACGGAGAGCUUUCGUGACGAUGCUGGCUGA